UAUCGUAGCUAGUAGUAUUGUAUCAUAACAGAUUCGUUUUUUGGGCAGAAAUGAUGAAAAUUUGGCUUCUGCUAGCACUGGGAGUUUUUACUUCAAGGUUUUAUACCGCAAAGACUUCCUACCUUGACGUACCACGUAUCCACUUCAGAGGCAAAUACAGGGCCGAUGUAAACACUCGAAAUAAUUGCCAGUGUAAUUUUGACCCUCGUAAGGAAUUAAAUGAGGACAAAGAAUGGAACUACAAAGGAACUUCUGAGUGGGAGUUUAUUGACACUUACAUAACAUCUGUGGUAGAUAAAGAGGGAAAGGAGGUCUCUAAAAGUCCUCUGUUGGGUGUGGAAAUUUUCAGCAGUGACGAAGGUCCGUUGGCCAAGCUGGUGGACCUUGAUGUGGAUUUUCAGGUGACUACGCUCUAUGGUGUUAAGUUUUGCAUGAGAGUUGGCGGAGAGACCGUUCUCAAAGGAGACUGGACUCCAGCUAUUAUAGCCCGUGACGUGUGGAACCGGCUGAAAUGCGGAAAGCCUAAUCACCCGGAUGCUGUAUAUGGUGCCAUUAGCACCAGCACCAUCACAAAUAUAGAGUGCCCUUCUAUAAUACAUAACCAUCUUAAUCUUUGCAAGGAGUUGAAGAUGAAAGUACUGUCAGUUUCCAUAUCACCCAAUUACUUUUCUGGCGAUGUUUUCACUAUUGGUAAUGUAGUUGGUACCAUUGGUAUUGCGGAGGAAGGAGAGCCCGUGAAUGUAGGCGGGGAUAGGAAGCUUGUGGCGAGUGGUCAACCACUUCAAGUGUGUCCUGACGCUGACCCUGUAGAGGAUGGAGUGAACGUCGCACCUUUUAUCUAUGACGCAGAUCGAAAUAAAUUAGUGGUGGAUAUUAGUAAUGCUUUUCCGGCCGAUGCUCAAAAUCAUAGGAUUGACUUGGGAACACUUUGGCUAGGUGUGCUGGACGACGAUGGAGCUUUGACCACGUUUGGCGAGCCUCUCCCAUACCUGGAGCCUUUCAUUUGGGAUCAUGGAGGCAUUGUUGAGUAUAAGGUCCCCAAAGAGUUAAAGAAAACAGUCAUAAGCUCGCCAGUGGUGAUAGUGAAGGAAAUAGACAGUGAUUCAUGUGAUCACCAUGUAUAUCAACACAAAGAGUGUUUUACCUCACUGUCUGAUAGCAAGGUGAUGGUGCUCCUGCAAGAGUCUGAAUACUUUGUUCGUCCCACUGGGUACUACCACGGGAGACUAGAGUACGGAAAUGAUGAUUACGACUCGAGCCAAAUUACACUCCUUUUGACAUCAUUUGGCAAGCCUGUGAAAGACACUGUUGUGAGAGUAGAACCACAUACCUCUAUUCCAGCUAAUGGGGUUGUUGCAUUAGAGAAUGGCAAACAAACUAAUGAUGAAGGACUAGUUACUUAUACGUUCAAAGCGAGCCAAGCUAUUCCCUUUCCGCGUAUGUACAAACAGAACCCGUGUAACUCUAUAGAUUGUCCCGAUAGACCAAUUCACAGAAUGAACGCCACGGAUCAAACUGACGCCAUUUAUCAGCUGCCCAUAGAUGGACAAGUAUACCACUUUUGCUAUUUUGUUGACAUUGAAGGCCAACCAACACCUAGCUGUGACGAAAUUUUGACAAAAGUAGCUUUUUUCUCUCAGGUGAUCAGUUUUCUAUCGUUCUCCACAAUGUUUUACGAGCGGCCGUACACAUGGGUCGAACACGUGGCUCCAAUCUUCGAGCAGGUCCAUCGUUUGUACUAUGUCAUGAGAGCUGUCUUGGACCUGAGCUCUUACAAAGACGUUACACAACCUUACAACAAGAUACUUUUAAAGAAGGCACUAAGUAAAGACAUCAACGAUGCCGGAUACAUGCCUGUAACGAGAGACCUAUCUCCCACGAAAAAGUACAUGGUACUGGAAUGGCUUGAGAGACCCUGUUUUUCCAAACUUGAUUGCGUUUCUCUAUUUGAUAAGUGUCAAAAGCCACAUACGGGGUCUCGAUUAAUGGGAGAAGACCAGUAUGAAAGGUGUGGCCUUGCCAAAAUCCCGAGUAAAAGCCACCCACAAAUGUAUUUCAGCCACAUAUACAAUGACGAAGAAUGCCCUACUUUCAAACUUCGCGCCGAGCGUCCACUGCGCCCACUGUUUGGAUACGCUAGCGAGGAGGAAAUAAAGAAGCAACAUCCUCUCAUAGCGAUGUGCAGUUCGUCUCGGUGUGCAAUGUGGAAAAUCUAAGAAAUCAGCUCCAACUUGCAAUACAGAUAGAGUUCAGCGCAGUGCCACUCUAUUUGACUUCCCUCUACACCAUAAUGGACAAUUGCAACGUGGAAGCCUACAAACUCGUGAGGAACAUUGUCGUGCAAGAAAUGCUGCACUUUGCCCAGGCAGCAAACAUCCUGAUAUCCAUAGGAGGGAAGGUAAGAAUCGACAGCAAAGACACUGUCCCCCAUUUUCCUACAACACGCCUUCCCGGAGGGGUUCUUCCGAAACUAACACUAACUCUCGAAAAGUUUACAAUGAAACAUGUCUACGAGAACUUCAUGGCUCUCGAGGUACCCGCAUACUCAACUGUCCCUAAACCCCACGCAC